UGGGCUGGGCUUGACGGGUCUCAAAACGCAUCAUUUGGCCCGGGCCGGAAAAUUGAAAUUGCAAUGAACUCAAACACAAGAAAAGAACAUAGAAGAAAGCGAGCGGAGCAUCAAUCUUUGCCGCUCUCUCUGUCUCAACUUUGAAAUCCAAACACUCUCUCUGGCUCUCUCAAAUGGAGUCCAUACAAGGUUUCACGAAAUCGACCCAAGAGUUUUUCGACAACCUCAUCCACCGCCGUGCAAAUUGCCGGAAUCCGAUUGAAAUACUGAAGCGAUUGCAAAGAGAGACGUUUUCAGAUUUGAUGAGACUGAGGGACAGGCAAGACCAAGUUGAGAGAAUGGUGUCCUUGUUUGGGCCUUCUAAAGGAAGCCCAUUUCAAGGAGGCAACACCCCUUUAAAGGUAGAAGCUGAUUUCUUGGGGGGUUUGUUAUGGAAGCAUAAUAAUAAUGAUGAUGAUGAUGAUGGGGGUCAUCAAUACCCUGAUGCUCUUAGUAGAGCUGGGAUUAGAACUGGGUUUGAUUCUAGGUUGAGUAUUGAAAUAUCUCCCUCACCGCAUGAUGCUCUUUUGACUGAGUUUGUGGCCGGUCAGAAGUACAGGAAUGAUGGUUUUGAUGUUUCAGAAUGUCAGGUUUCUCUAGCUAAAGUGUCUUAUAUGGCAAAUGUGAGCAAUUGGUUGUCCGCCAUUGCAAUUCCAGUGGGAGCUCGGUGCAGGGACUUCGCGGUUGUUACGAGUCCUUCCCAUCAGGGAAAGGGCCUAACUGAUCGAUCAUCAUUCGGACCACCUCUUCUAAAUGAGUAUAAUGGCAGUGCAAUUGGCAUAAUGGUGAAAAAUGCAAAUGUGGUUGUUGCUUCAUUGGCUCAGUCUGUUUCGGGACUGGGAGUGCCAGUACGUUCUGGUAGAGUUGGGCACUGCUUGAGCACUUUUGGUCAAAUUGUCUGCCAACUUCCCGGAAACACCAAACUCUCGCUUCUUGGUCUUCACCAAAUGCCUAAAUCGUCAGGUGAACAUGUCAAUCACGGAGCUCUUUCCGUCCCAUCAGGCAGUUUAGAACACCAUACGUCUCCUCCAACAAUGGCUGAAGCAUCUGCUCCACCCCCAAGAACAAACUCACAAGGAAACACGUCAGCAACUGGAUCCAUUGCUGUGAUGUUCGAAUCUGAAAUUGACGAGACCACAAAGAUUGGGAGUUGGGUUGAGAUGAAGAAAUUGAAUCCCAGGCAUUUAGAAUGGGCCGUUUCUGUGUCCGAUGACUCUAAAGAUUCAGUUGGAUGGGGAAUAAGUUUAAAUGGGAUGGUUGGGGGUCCCAAUAGCUGUGACCAUUUUCAGAUGGAAUCCUACUUGAAAUUUAACUUAAGUGAGAGAUUCAGUGUAAAGCCUGGUAUUGUACAUAUAAUCGAUGGCAAUGCCAAAAUGACUGCCCUUAUGCUUAGGUCUAAUUGGUCUCUCUGAUUGCCAACAAAUGAUGAGAGUUCCACUGAGCCGGGCUCCAUUUUUAGUAAAGUUAGUGUACCGAGUUCGCCCCAUAACUAGUUUUUAUAUUUUCUUGGUCUCUAUGUUUAUCUUUUUUUCUCUGCAGGGCAUUAAUCCUAAUGGAUCCUCUUCAAAGCACAUAUCUGCUCUACCAUAAAUGGAGGCUCUUCUUUUUGGGUCAAAAGCUUCAACUGCUUCACCAAAAAUUUGCAUUGCCAUAAAUGUUGUAAAAUAAACUUAAUUCAUAUAAAAAGCAUCUAGAAUGUGAUUAUAGUAAAAUGCCAAAAUCAAAUAAGAAAAUUAAAAAAAGGAGAUGAGUUGGGGGCAUCUCAAGUUUGCAGCUCACCAAUUUUUAUCAGGUAACCCUUAUGUUUUAGCAAUUGAAGCAUUAGCAUCUAUUCAUGGAUUAAAGCUUUGUUUGAGAGAAGGCUACAAAAAUGUGGAGUUGGAGAGUGAUGCGUCUAAUGUCAUCCAAGCUUUGAACAAAACAGGAUUGGAUUUAAGUGUUGAAGGAGCCAUUUUUUGAUGAGAUUCUUAUGUUGAUGCCAGAAUUUGAAGCUUUGAAGUAGAGGACAGUACAUCGUGGUUGCAACCAGGCUGCUCAUCCUUUGGCAAGGUACUAAGUGACAAGGGACAACUAGAACGAGGUUUUGGAAGGAAGCUGGACUACCUUGGUUGGAGGAAGUCCUAAAUAAUGAAAUUUGUGAUGUACAGGAGGUGGUACUCUUUUUUACUUGCUCUGAUCAAGCAAGAUUAUUUACGAGGCCAUAUUAACCUCAAUGAUUGUAA